UUGGAAUCGACUUGAUGGCAAUAGGCUUUGGUUAGAUGCGCUUUCACUCCCUUUGUUGUGCUCAUUUGAAUGGAUUUGAAUGAAUUAUUCCCGUUUUUUUUUGUCCCUUGUGAUUUUUUAUUGGGACAUUGGAAUUUUCGAAGGUGUUAACUUUCUCAGUUUUCCCUAGUAUUUGGUGUUUUUGCCUGUACUACUUUCUGCAGAAAACUCUUAGGUGAGUGGAGCCUUCAGCCUUUGCUUACCAUUUCUUCUUACUCUCUGCGAUAGCUUUUUCUCCCUCCCUGGCCUAAUUAAGAUUUGAAAGUUCCAAAUCUUAGUUUUCAACUUUCGAUCUCUCCCAAAUGCACCAGAGAACAUGCUGUGGUAAUCUUGUCCACUGGUGGGCACCGCCACUCAGGCGAGAGAUCAUGUACUAAUCAAUCUGUCCAUCAGAGGGCACAGUCCUCCCUUUUUGGUUAUUACUUUUUUCCCUUCUCUGUAUCUGCAACCAUGUUUUUGGUAGGAAAACCCACACCCAGUGAACCCCUCUUGGGGCUAGGUGUUGCCCCCUGCUUUUGCCCAAGGCUUUCUUCCCUGAUCUUUGGGGGCUGUUUAUAUCUGAGCUGGCAUUCAGUUGAAGCACAGGUAGACUUUCUUCUGUUUCAGGCGGAGGAGGGGCUUCCAAUCCCCAGAGUAAGAUGAGAUCAGAGACAUAACCUGUUUGUAUUCGUUUUUUGAGGCUGCUGUAACAUAUUACCACAAAUUUGGUGGCUUAAAAUUUAUUCUCUCACAGUUCUGGAUGCUGGAGGUCUGAAAUCCAGGAGAGAUGAGGUCCCGCUGGCGGCUCUAGGGGAGAAUCUGUCCCUUGCCUCUUCCAUCUUCUGAUGUCUGCCCAGGCAUUCCUUCAUUUGUGGCCACAUCACUCCAAUCUCUGCCUCUGUGGUCCCAUUGCCUUCUUACACUCUGGGUCUCUCUAAACUCCCUUUGCCUCUGUCUUAUGAGGACACUUGUGGUAUUUGGGCCCACCUGGAUAAUCCAGAGUAAUUUCUUCAUCUCAGUAUCCUUGAUUUAUUUGCAAAGACUCUUUUCCAAAUAAGCUAACAUUUACACAUUUCCAGGGAUUAAGACUUGAUAUCUUUAUGUGGCCAUUACUCAACCUACUACACUUUGGUUUUAGGAGCGUAGUAGUCACUGGUGAUCUCAUUAAGGGCAGUUUCAGUGGCAGAAUGAGGACAUAAGAGAAUCAUAUCUACCUUUCGUAUUGCUAUCAUGUAGAGAACUGUCAUUUGUCCCAAGACUGUGUGCAAGCUGAUCACACCACUUUUCCAUAGGCAGUCAUGAAUGCCUGUAUGUCUGCUGUUAACUUGGAGUUUUACGUGUUGAACGUGAGAAAGAAGCAAAGUUCUCAGAAAUCUCUGCAUGUACCUUUGGAUUCAGUAUUGUUGACCUAUGUGAUCCAAGUUGGCGCUGUUUGGCACUGACCAUUAUUUCUGUAGCCGAAAUUGGGUUUAUUUCUCUUAAUAUCUGUUUUGAUUAAUAAUACCAGUUUCUAUAUCAUUUCUUUUGUAACCUGACUGGUAAGCAUGUUGUUGAAAAAUCCCUACUGAAAAUGUGAACUGGAUGUCAUUUAGAUAAUAUCUAGGUAUAGUUGGCAUUUCAAAUACAUAAUCUAUCUGAAGAGAGAUCAAAGAGAUGAUGAGAAAAAUGCUAUUUACCAUUUUUUUCUUGCCAUCUUUGUGAAACACAGACGUUAACACUGAUAUACUUAGUACUGAGCUGCCUUCAUUUGUUCUUUGCAGACUUUCCAUGAUUCCUGCUAGACAGUGGGGAGCAGCAGAGGUGAUAGACCAGUUAUUUCUGGCCGUGACACUGUAUGGACAAUAGAUAGCAUCCACAUCAGAAAGGGACCUGCUUGGGGGUAGGAGGAGCCCUGGUGGCAUGGUGGUUAAGAGCUGCAGCUGCUAACCAAAAGGUCGGCUGUUCGAAUCCACCAGCUGCUCCUUGGACACCCUAUGGGGGCAUUUCUACUCUGUUCUAUAGGGUUGCUAUAACAGCAGCAACUGGGGGUAGGAGAGUGUUCUAGUAACAAAGGAAUACCUCCAUUCCCUUCUUCUUUGAGUUGGAAAUGAAAUGACUAGGAGCCUUGGGUGAUUUUCCUGUGUAUGUAUGUGUGUAUGUUUUAGGGGAAGACGAGAUGAUAGUGUACGUCUUCCAGAAGUGAGGCUUUAUUUUCUCAUGGAGUUGACUCGAUUAUCAACGAUAAAAGAAUCUUUAAUCUUCAUUAAAUCUUUAGUUGUGAGACCAUUCUCCAGAACUAUCAAAAUGCUGACAAGGGACUUGUGUGUCCCUCUCAGUGUCUGUCUCGGGGGCUGAGGCCCUAAGUUGGCGAGGUGGAAAAAACACAUGCUUUGGAGUAAGGCAGACCAGGUUGGUUCACUUAUUGUUCUCUGACCUUUGGCAAGUUACAUACUCUUCUGGAGACUGUUUUCUUAUUGGUAAAACAGGGAUGAAAGCAUCUGGUACUGUGACUACCACAUAAUAUUAGAUGUCACUAUUAACACAUCUCUUCAUCUGUUUAUUCAGUUUUUAUUUAUUGAUUGAUACUUAAAUUUCCUGACUGCGUUUGAUGUGUUUAUAUUAAGCAAAGAGUCUUAAAAAAAGAUUAUCUUGUUGACGUAGCAUCUCUUUUAGGAAAGAGAAAUAAUGACCCCAUUUUCCAUCUUGUCACCCUGUGACAAUUCCAGCUGAUCCUCAUUAUUCACGAAUUCUGUAUUUGCAAAGCUCCUGUUGGUUGAAAUGUGUUUGUGAUCCCAAAGUCAAUAACUUUGUGGCGCUUUCACAGUCAUUUGUGGACAUGCAUGUUCCCUGAUUGAGGUUGAACAAUGUCUGCUUUUUUGUUUUAGCUCUUAUACUGUAAACAAGUGUCCUUUUUGUGGUCUAUUUAUUCCAUGUUUUUUGCAUUUUUGUGCUUUUUGUUGGCGAUUUUGCUGUUUAAAAUAACUCUAAAGUGUAGUGCUUUUGUGCUGUCUAGUGUUCCUAGGUGCAAGAAGACUGUGAUGUACCUUAAAGAGAAAAUAUGUUUGGUAGAUAAGCUUUGUUGAGGCUGUAGUUAUAGUGCUGUUGACUGUGAGUUUAAUGUUAAUGAAUUAACAAUAUAUAUUAAAUAAGAUGCCUUUCAACAGAAACACACAUAAAACAAGGUAACGUAUUGAUCAGUUGAUGGAAAUGUUGUGACCAGAGGCUUAUAGUAGUAACCUAACCCUGUGUUUGCCCUAGGAGUAGUGGUUCAGUAUUCACUAAUUUAUUGUUUAUGGCAACUUUGUAGAACAUAACUAUCAUGAAUAAUGAGAAUUGAUGGUACUGACCAUUAGGUCUGGGGUCCCAGUAUCUUGGAAAACAAUGAUAGUCAUAAGGGAAUACUUCCUGAGGGAUGUUUUUUUAAUUCUUAGAUUUAGUAAGGAGGACAGAAGAAAAAGAGCUUAAUCCAUGUGUAGGGGCAGGUGUGGCAAAGGCUCAGAUUUUGGAAGGGGAGUUACUGAGGAAAAGAGUCUGUAAAUAGGUCAGCUUGCACAACAUGGAGUAUUUUGGGAGGUUUUGGGAAGAAAAGCUGUUAGAGUCCACUUGGGAGAGGAUUCGCUUAACAGACAAGUCAUUAUGGACUGUCUGCCAUGUUGUGCCUGGGCUGCUGUGUGGUGCCAGGUGCUAUUGUGAACAAAGGGCAGCAGGAUAGUCUUUGGAGUUAAACUCAGACCAGAGGUCAGAUUCUUCCUCUGCAGUUCUCAGCAUGUGACCUGAGGCAAGCUGCUCAGCUAUCAAAUGGGGAUGAAACUGUAUGUCCUUGAUUUCUAAGACCCCUCAAUUUAAUAACACCGUGGGAAGACAUGGAGCGAAUAUCUUCUCAUCAAAUUAUUCAUCACUUGUAGCCCAUUGUAAGAUGUUUCCUGGUUACAGAAAUAUUAAUGUGAUUUUUUUAAAAGUGCAUCUUAGAAGCAAAGCAAUAUGGUAAUGCCCAUCUCAGGGAUGUUGGGAAGAUUAAUAAGAUAAUAUAUGUUAAGUGCCUGUCUAAGUUAGUAUUCAGUGGAUUGUAGGUAUUAUUAACAAAUGAAAAGUAAUUUGAUUGGGAACACCUGAAGAAGGAAUUUAAAACAACAAGGUCAUAAUGUGACCAGGAUCUGAAAUAGGACUAGAAUGAGGAGAAAAAAAAGAACAAGAGAUAAAUUCAGGUGGUGUUAUGGAGAUAAGUAAGUAUGUAUAUGAGGAGAAAAUUUCACCCUGUUUAGAGACAAAAAAUUCAUUGCUUUAGUGAUAACUUCAUGAUAUAAUUGUUAUAGUGUGAGCAGAGAGAAUAUGGUAAUCAUGUGGGAUAAACUGACUCCUUUGUCAUCUUCUGGGUGUAACACAGUAUUUCUGGGUAACUACUUUGAACUUGUUGCUGAAUAAGCUACUAAUCACAGUAAAAGUAUUGGCUAAUUCACAGGUUAAAAAAAAGUGUGUUUUUGUUGUUUUGUUUGCUCUUGUUUCAUUGAGUGGGAAGGAGGGUGGCUGGCUAGGGACUUGUCAUUAGUUUAUUAGUUUAGUUGCCUGGCCAGGAAAUUCUUUGCCUACAUUUCAAGCAUCCUACAUUUUAAUUAGAGUGGUACUGAAUUUUUUGGCUCUUCUUUCUUUCUUUUUGCCCCAGGUCCAGCAAGACUAUGAAUCUCUGUUCCAAAUGCUUUGCUGGUAAGUGCAGAAAAGGGUUUUUUAUUUAUUUUUAUUUUUCCUCUUUUUUUUUGUUUUUUUUUUUAAGACUAUCUAAAUUGUUUGACCUUCCUUUGAGUUUAUGCAUGGGGUUUUGUUUUCUUAGCUUGUGUCUGGGAGCAGUUUUUUCUCACCAGUUUGCAUAGGACUGUUGAAACAAUCUUCACUGAGUGAAAUGUGGUCUCAUGUGUACUUGCACUAAACAAACUUUCCUGAGUUUACAGUUAUUAGCAUACUCUGGAAUUGUAAAAAAUUGUGUUUUAGUAGGGUAAUAUAUAUAUGUCUCUGAUCAUGACUUGAAUGAUGAGUGGUGAGUGUUGCUUUUACCAUUGAGAAUACAAUAGAAAUAAUGUCUUCGUGUCGGAGUCAGGAAGAGAAUCAUGCUGAGUUAGCCCCUUCUAAUCCAGUCUCUCAUUGACAUCACCUUGGGUAAGUCACUCAGUCUCUUUGGACCUUAGAUUUAUCAUUUGUAAAAUGAAGGACCGGGGCUAGAUGUUUGCCAGCGGCCCUUUCUAGUCAAGAAAACACUUGAAUUAUGACUCCUUCGUGAGGUUAAACUUUUUGUUUUUAGAACUUUAUAUCUAGUGAUCUUAUCUAAAAUAACAAAGUCUUUAUCAUUUAGGGUAUAUUUUAACUUUAUUACUUCAUUUUCGUCUUCAUGGAUUGUUGUUUGGGCAAGGAAGUAAUCAGUGGUGUAAGCUUUAGAAAACUUUACAUAUGCCUAAAUUAGGGGAUAGGUGGGAAGGAGUUGAAGGGUUGGGGAAGUUGACAGUUUGUAUCUUUCAAAAUUUGGGAGUGUCAGAUAGUGUAGGUUUUUAAAAGAAAAAAAUAUUGGGUAAGUUUGAUUUUUAUCUGACUUUUAACAGUACUUCUACCAUGUCAAAUGAAUCCAUUCUGCUUUUCUUUACUCUCAUAUCUACAGUUACAGAUAUGAAAAAAUGCUUCCUGGUGAAAAUUAGUGUAACUUUAUAGUAGAGAUAAAAAUAGCAGCAAGACAAAAUGUAUAUUAGAUUGUUUGUCUCUCUCCACAUAGGGGCCCCCCUUGUACAAUAAAGCAUGGCUUUGAAAACGGCAGGCACCUUUGAGUAAGGUGGCUCACAUCAAAUAUUCAUAAAGCAGUGUCUUACGUCCCUAAAUGAAGCCAACGCUCAGCCAUGGUAGAAAAUCAGUUUACUGGAUUAUGAUCAGCAUUGGAAAAAUCGAGGAGAAUAGAAAAUGUCAGAGAGCACUGCAGAUAGUAAUGAUUUUCAAAAGAAACAACCAGAUGAUGAUUCCACUCCAAGUACAAGUAACAGCCAAUCAGAUUUGUUUUCUGAAGAGACCACCAGUGACAACAACAAUACCUCGAUAACCACACCAACUCUUAGUCCCAGCCAGCAGCCGCUUCCGACAGAACUGAAUGUAACUUCACCAAGUAAAGAGGAGUGUGGGCCAUGCACAGACACAGCUCAUGUCUCGUUAAUCACACCAACCAAAAGAUCCUGUGGUACAGAUUCACACUCUGAGAAUGAAGCUUCGCCAGUGAAACGGCCACGACUACUGGAGAAUCCCGAACGGUCCGAGGAAACCAGUCGAUCUAAACAGAAGAGUCGACGUCGGUGUUUCCAGUGCCAAACCAAACUGGAGCUGGUGCAGCAGGAAUUGGGAUCGUGUCGCUGCGGUUACGUGUUCUGUAUGUUACAUCGCCUCCCCGAGCAGCACGACUGUACAUUUGACCACAUGGGCCGCGGCCGAGAGGAAGCCAUCAUGAAAAUGGUGAAACUGGACCGGAAAGUGGGACGCUCCUGCCAGCGCAUCGGGGAGGGGUGCUCCUGAAGGCCAGGCGCGGCCGCCACGUGACGCUGUUCUUAGUUCACUAAUGUUAGCCUUAUUUAGGACAAAGUCAGCCAGACACCUUGUACUGGGCACGUGUCGACUACAGCCAGUCUGUUUCCUUUCUUUAGCCAGCCAUCCUGGUACUGUAGUUUAGGGGUUGAUGGUGGUUGAAAUUGAUUUCUGGCUGGUUACUAAGGUGCCUGCUAGCCAUUGUAUAAAAUUAAAACAUGAAGAAUAUUUUUUUUUUGAGCAUGGCUAGUGGAUUUAAAACAACACAUACCUGUCACUGCUGGAGUCAAACUUAUAAAAAGCCUUAAGCGGAAAGUGUUCCAGAUGGAGACUCUGAGUUAAUAGAGGAGUAGAAGCUGGUGUUAAAGUUCCCAGGACGCACAUGACUUUGCCAGAAACUCUGUUUAAUGUUCAGCCUUUCACCUCUUCACUCAUCCUUAGUCCCAGUAGCCGGGAGACCUGAUGGCCAUGUGUGCCUUGGCCACAGGUGGCUGCUGAGAUCGGCCACAUGGCUGGGCUGGGGGCGGCCUUGCUCUUCCACAGAGCUGGGAUGGGGGUGGGGGGGCAGAUUCUUAUGACGAUUUUUUACCUGACUUACUAUGAAAAAGCUCUCUCAUCACAUGAGAGGAGAAACAAUAACCUCACUUUGGAAAUUAGCUCCACUCAAGACUAGUCCACGAAUGAGACCACAGGAUCCAUGGUCCUGAGAGGCGACCAGGGCCCCUGGCCCCCCUGGCUCUGGUUUGCUGGGUGCAGGGAUCUGGCAGUUGAUCAAAUAAGGCUAAUGGCAGCAAAAAGCCGCCGUGGCCAGGGUCUACACACUGGCCUCUGCAGCUAGAUUUCUAUAUUGGAGUUUUUAACAAGAUGUUUCAUAGCCAACAGAAGUCAGUAGAUAUGCUGGGGAGCAGCUGGGGACACUGCUGCCCUCGGCCUCUGCCCUUUCCCACGGAGCCUCAGCCUCCAGGGGCCAGGAGGAUGCAGCAGGGGCGUCCGUUCUCCUUUCUAUGCAGCCCCAUAGUCCAGGGACGACCAGUGCCCAUCUAUCACAAAGCAAGUGUAGGAAGGGAAGGUGACGUAUCUCACAAGGACAGUGGGUGUAUCUGUUGAGAGCAGUGGUUCAUGCCGUGGCCCAGCUCCGAGAGUGACAUUUGCUUGGGGGGUGGGCAGCAUAUUUCUAAGCCUGCGCCCCUCCAUGUGGGUAGAGGGGAGUUCAGUAGCUGCAGUAUCAAAGGCCAGGUGGGAAGUGGGGAGAUGGGGCCUGCUUCCCUUGUGUGAGGUGGGUGGGUGCAUCAGGGGUCCCACAGCCUGAGCCCCAUCUUAUCCUCGUAGGUGAGGGUAGGAGGUUCCUGAAAGGCACCUCGGAUCUGCCCACACGCCGUAGGCCACUGGAAUAGUUUAACCCAGCAACUUCCCUUUUUAUAAAACAACAGUUUGACUCUUGUCUGCAAAUUAACAGCUGGACACCUGGAACUACAAAUGUGUUUUGAUCUGAAAUAGGAAAUCGUGCUCUUCCCAACCCCCUCCCACCCACCCUCCGCCCCCAACACAGUGGAAUCCGCUGCAAAAUCUCCAGCCUUAAUUCUUGCUUCAGGACCCAGACCGGGCAGAGGGGCCGGUCUGCCCCACGUUUACCACUGUUGUCAAGCCACGGCCCUCUGGCCAGUACGUGGCCAUCCUCAGUGAGGUGGGCCCUGCCUAGGCCCCCACCAAGCUCUGACCCCGGAGAGGCCACCCGGCAUCCUCCCUGGCCUUUGUCAGGCUUCACCAGCUCCCUGUGAGGCCUUGACGGGAAGAAGGCUGUCUGGGGCCCGGCGGCUGUGGCGGUGCACACAGGUUCGCAGCCCGCGUUCACGUCAUGACGGUAGAGCUCUGGAGGGUGGGGGGAGGAAGGGCUUGUUCCCCUGCAGUAUCUGUUCUGUGAAGUUUGUUAAAUGUAAGGAAAGCUUAAAUUCUUGUAUCUUUAAAAGAGAAGAUCUUAUUUAACCCUUUUGUGUUCUAGAUUUACUUACACACGUAGCCUAGAGCUCAGUUUUAGUUUUAACAUUGUGAAAAUAUUAAAAGAAUCUUGUAACUUUAUUCUUUUUUCUCCUGCUGAAAAAAAAAAAAAAAUUAAAC